AUGAGCGUUUCCGACAGAAGACGUAUCCUCGGCCCAACGAAUGCAAGGCCCAUUCAAUUUGCACCUUUAAAUGAAGACUCGAAAAAAAUCGAUACAGAGCGGAAGAAUUUAAACAAGUCGGUCUUCAUCGAGAAUGGUCUUGUAUCAAACUCGAAUGGAUCCUCAUAUCUGGAAACAAGGGACUCGAAUGGGAUAGAAUAUCCCACUCUUCUUCUAACUUCUGUUUAUGGUCCUAGGCCAACUAGAGGCUCUUUCAAUUCUAAAGCGUCUUUAACUAUUCAAUUCAAAGAAGUGACGGCAGAAAAUUUCCCAACCGGUGAACUUAAAGAACUUUGUAACUUCCUCACCAACAUAUUCAAUGCUGUCAUAAAUCUAGCUGGAUAUCCUAAGUCGGGAAUUGAUAUCUUUUUAAAUUUGAUUCAGCAUGAAGGCCCUUCUGGGGAAUAUAGCAGGGAGGCUAUUCUUCCUACCUGUAUCAACGGCAUAACGUUGGCUCUGGUUGAUGCGGGCAUUGAAAUUUUUGACAUGGUGAGUGCUGGGAGUUAUAAUGGAACGGUAGUGUCUUUUACUAAGAAUGGGGAAGAAAUUGUCGGCCUGUGGAAGGAUACUGGUGACGUUGAAGAUCUCGUGGAGACCAUAGAAAAAUGCAAGGAGCAGUACUACCAAAAUCGUUCCACUAUGAUAAAAUACUUGAUGCAAAAUAAAAAAUGA